CAUCCUCUAGCUUUGCUGCCAUGGAGCAAAAGCAACUCAUAUAAUUCUAAAUUCACUCAAUUACUAUAUAUAUAUAUAUAUAUAUAUAUCGGUGCUAAUUCAAGUUUACCAUCCAUCAAUAUAUAAGAAGGCCCCCUCCACAUCCACGGGGCCAUUCAUUCUUCCUUUCCCCAUCAGAACACCCCCUCUCUCUGUCUCCGGUCAUCACCAUCAGAGCUUCAGUUCCAUCAGCUAUGGAGGGCAAGGCUUCAUCAUCAUCAUCGCCAUCUGCAGCUUUCACAAGGGUUCUUGUUCUGCUGCUUUGUUUCUCCCAUCUCCUCCUCUCCUCUCUUGCUGUUCCUGCCACCAGAAGUCUAAAUUCAGUAGCCCCUGAAGAAGAAGCAUCAUCAAAGCAGGACACGGCACCGGCUCAUCAGGAAGAAGGGAUGGAUACUUUGGAGGUGUGGGACGGGCUUAUAGAGGGAAGGAUGGAGAUGGAGGAGAGCACAGACUACCCGGGAGCAGGAGCCAACCACCGCCAUGACCCUAAAUCUCCAGGAACAGCCUGAUGUGAUAAUUAAUGUGCUACCAGUUAAUUAAUCAAUCAAUUGCCACUACCAUAAAAAUAUUGUACCACAACAAUAAUAAUAAUAAUAAUAAUAAUAAUAAUAAUAAUAAUAAUUAGAAUCAUGAUUAACAUUGGAGUUUUCAUUUAUUUUAGCUACUUGUGUACAUAUAAAUAUUAUGUAACCUAAAGGAAAUUCAGAGCACUGCAGGUCCAGUUUUGGGCAUUGUGGGUCUCUGUUUCAUCUAAUUACAUAUAUAAAAUCCCAGUGCUUGUUUUUCCC